CACCAAAAUGUUCGAUAAAUAUGGCAUCAGUAUGGCUGCAUUUCGAAGCCGUAAUACACCAAAUACCGGUACCAUACCUACGGUAUUAUUUAGGGAUUUUCCCAUCGCCGCAGCACGACUGAAAUAGACGGGCCUUUAGAUGCUCUUUGGCGGUUGGCGCCGCUUGACUUGCCAGACUCUCCAGGCCGAGUGUGUGUGUGUGUAGUGGUUGUGCUAGCAGAGCUGUUGCAGAAACUAACUGGAAAAGCGCAAGACAAACGUGUGGGGCGAGCAGCAACUAAAUUGAACUGAAGUGAACAGAAAUAAAAAAAAAGUUACAAAUACGGAAAAGCAAGCAAAAAACCGGGACUCCGCAAUACGGGUUUUUUUCGUCUACACUUCGUCUUGCACAUACAUGCGUACCUGGGCAGAGAUUCAGAUUUAUCGCCUCCUCCACCCACUACUUCAUCAUCGCCAUCAUCAUCGCUGUUGUUGUUGCUGUCGUUCCGCCUUCGCUCUCACGUAAUCCGCCCCCGCACCACCUCGCCCGCCGGCCAACCGGCCCACAAACUGACUGAUAGACCGAUAAUCGAUUAGCGGCCUCUCUUCCUCUUCAACAUCUUCGGCAUUCGUGUGUGCGUUGCUUUGCGUUACGUUACGGUUACCGUUACGUCGCCCGCGCGUGUUGCUCGCUUGUGUUGGUGUGUGAGCAAGGUGUGGUGUGUAUAGAAAAUCGAUUGGCAAUUUGAACCGAAGAGCGCUAUCGUCGCCGCAGUCGCCGCGUGUGUGCCGUUACGCGAUUUUCAACAGCAGCCGCGCAGUAAUAUUGCUUUUAUUUUUUUGCCUGUGAAGUCCUCCUGAGUGCGAAAGAGAGAGCGAGAGUGAGCUCUCUAAAACCUCUAUAAAAAAUAAAAAGUUAAGGAAAACAAAAAAAACACCGGACAUGGAUAAGUCAGCGGCCACGAACUCGGCCACUGCCGAUGGCCAAAACGAGGCAGCAGCAGCAGCCGCCGCCGCAGCAGCAGCAGCAGCUGCUGGGUGUGGCAGCAACAAAAGCAGCAGCAGCAACAACAACUCUGGAAACAGCAACAAUGCACUGCAGCGUUUGGCAACAACAACAAGUGCCGUUGUGCCAUCCCCGAUGACGAUCAACCUGAACAUCAGCACCACCACCGGCGGCAAUUUCGGCGUCAGCGUCGAGCCGCACAUCAGCGUCGAGAGUCUGAAGAAGAUCAUCGCCAAGAAGCUGAAGGUGGCCAAGGAUCGCAUCUGUCUGCUGCACCGGGAGAAGGAACUGCAGGAUGGCACGCUCAGAGAUCACAACUUGAUGGACGGGUCCAAGAUUAUUUUGAUACCAAACGUGGAAACUGGUUUAUUGGCUCAACGUCCGGAGAACACGGUUAUGCAAGCGCUGGAAUCGCUUAACGACGCGCAGGUUAAUGAUUUCCUUAGCGGCAAGACUCCUCUCAACUUGAGCAUGCGCCUCGGCGACCACAUGAUGCUCAUCCAGCUGCAGCUGAGCACGGUUAAUCCGGCGGGCGGUGGUGCCGCCGCAGUGGCCCCAGUCGCCGGUGGUGCGAGUGGCUCGAGCACCAACACAGCGGCCACCACAACAUCAACGAUGCCUGUAAUGCCAGCUGGCACUGGCUGCUCCGGCUCCGGCUCCGGCUCCAGCUCCAACUCCCACUCCACAUCCACAUCCUCGUCUUCGUCGGCGGUGCUGGCGACGGCCGGAGGAAGCGGCAGCACAGGAGCUAGUGGCUCCGCCACUUCCUUAUCCUCAUCCUCAGCCUCAUCGUCAUCCUCCUCGUCUUCGUCGAGAACCCGCUCUUCUGGCCAGCGAUCGAGUGGAAGAAUCGGACAUGGCCACGUGCACAGCCACCAGCAUCCCAGUUUGCAUGCUGCGAACUGGCACGGCAUUAGUCACGGACAUGGACAUGGUCAUAGCCAUGGGCACGGGCACGGGCAUGGCCAUCACCAUCAUCAUCAUCACCACCACCAUCACCACCAUCACAACGCUUCGGCAGUGGCUGCGGGCAGCGGUGGUGGGAUGUCCUCGCUGCGCAAGAUGUACGGCGAUUUGCCCAGCUCCUCUGGAGCAUCUGGCUCUGCUCCAGCAACUGGCACUGGUCAGGCCCAGAGCUCGUCAACGCUAAACGGGCCCGAUCUCACCAAGCUGCUAAUUAAGGGCGGCAUUCAGAAUAUCGUGAACAGCUUCGCUAUGAAGGAUGCGGGCGCCAAUGCUCGUCCUGUGGCCAAUGGCGGAUCCGGCUCGAGUCCAGGGAAGCCUGUGCUAGAGCAGUCGCCCAUCAAGUCGCUGUCGAAUCUCGUGUCCAGUCCCAUCAAGAUGACGACUAUUAAAAACAUUCCCCUGCCCACGACGGCUGCCACAAGUUCCACGUCGAGCUGCAUCUGCAGCUCAGCCGCCUCCAGCUCAUCCGCGUCCUCUUCCAGUGGAGCCUGCGCCACCGGCGGCUGUCAGCAGGAUCCGAUAGCCGCCAAGCUGACCUCGUGCUUGUGCACGCGCCUACCCACACCGUCAGUGGCUCCUCCGGUGGCCUCUUUGGUGGCGCCCGCUCCCCUGGCCAGAUCCGGAUCUGCCAGCUCACCUAGCAAGUGUCCCGAAUCGAGUUGCAGUGGAGCGAAUGCCGGAUUUGCCGCUCGUUCGACAGUUGCGGGCACAAGAGUCACCUUCUCCGGCAAUUCGAUGCUGCACAAGACGGGCAACAAUCGCAUCACUAGGACCAAGCAUCGUCACUACCACGGGCAUGGCCAUGGUCACGGACAUGGAAAUGGUCACAGCAGUAGCAACAGCAGCAGCCACUUCUUCAAUCACGCCUGCGCCGGCAACCAGUCAUCGGUUAACGCAGCCGCCUUUGCCACAAGCUCAUCAUCGUCUUCCUCGGCUCCGUCAUCUUCCUCCUCGUCCCCCUCGAAGCGUCGCAAGCUGGAGCAGGGCAUGGGAGCAGGAGCGGUAGGAGCAACUGCAACAACCACAACAGCAGCGGCAACGGUGGCACUGCCAGCCAGCACCAGCACCACAGCCGCAGAAGCCGACGACUCACUGCUAGGUGUGUCGGACACUAGAACUCUCGCUGAGGCAUCGCGAAAUCUCACCCAGACAUUGCGCAAACUCUCCAAGGAGGUGUUCACCAACAAGAUCGAUCUGUCCGGCGCCGGCGUGAUGAGCAGCGGUCGCGCCUCUAGCAGCGGUGCCACCUCGAGCGGAGCAGCCAGUGGUGAGGAAGCACCGCGCAAGGGCGGAUCGGGAGCCGUGAUCGAGUCUAUGAAGAACCACGGCAAGGGCAUCUACUCUGGCACCUUCUCUGGCACCCUCAAUCCGGCACUACAGGAUCGCUUUGGACGACCCAAGCGCGACAUCUCAACGGUGAUCCAUAUUCUUAACGAUCUGUUGAGUGCCACACCGCAAUAUGGACGCGGUGCCCGCAUUAGCUUUGAGGCCCCGACCACUGGAUCGGUUUCUGGAUUUAGUUCGGGAUCCGGCAGCAAUGGAUCGUCCACGACUACUUCCUCCAGCAGCGGGAUGCACCACGGAUCGCGCAGCAAAAUGUACUCCUCCAAGCACCACAACUGCGCCAAAUGCAACAGCCGCGCCCAGCAGCAACAACAGCAGUCGGCGGCUUUGGCCUCUGGUAGCGGAGGAGGUAGCUGCUCUUUCCGCGACUGCCCGAGCUACCACUCCUCCUCCGCAGCCUCCAAGGCUUCCGCCAGCACCAAGUCUUCGUCGCACAGUUGCUGCCAGGCUGCUGAGGCAGCCAGCUCUAUGGUCAGUCAAGCCAAUGGUUGCACAUGUCGCUACCGCCGCGAUGAUGGCCAGGGCGAGCGGGAGCGGGAGCACACGUGCCAGAAGUGCACCGUGGAGCUGGCCAACAUGAAGACCCGCUCGAAAAUGGACCAGCUCCGCUUGGUGAUGCAGCAGCACAAGCAAAAGCGGGAGGCGCGCAAACUGAAAAGUGGUCCCUAUGCCACGCCCGCCUCCGCCUCUGCGGCCGAUAGCCUCUCCUCAACCGCCGCUGGCGGAACAGCCGCUGUUUCAAUGGGCGCGGCCGCACAGUACAGUGCUGUGAGCGCCCUGGUGGCCACGCCCCUACAACCAGCCGCUGUGCCCGUCCAGACGGGGAAGGCUGCGGCAGCGAACAGCAUCACUGGCAACAGCAGCAACACCAAUGCUAACGGCAAUACUUCAACGGCACCUGCAACAGCAGCAACGGCAGCACCAGCACCAACAGCAGCACCGCCCAGCGAAGUCUCCCCGAACCACAUUGUGGAGGAGGUGGAUACGGCGGCCUAAAGGCAGAAGCAUCAUCAGCUAGAGCCACCACCAGCCCCGCUGACCUUAUCCUAUUUUGUAGCAUUUACUAGUUUACGCAGCAGCAACAAAGAACGAAGAGCAGACAAAAGAUGAAGAUGAUGCAGGACCAGUAGAAGCAGAUGAUGGGCAAACAAGAGAAACUAGAACCACAACUAAAGCUUAAAUUAAUCUAGAGUUAGUGCAUAACAACACCAAUUCUUCUGUUCGAACACCCGCUCGUUGGGUUAUCCCACCUCCACGACGAGGCACAAUGAGAACGGGAGCGCCCGGAAAGUCGAUAAGCUGUUAAAUUAAUUUUAAGACCCUAAAACACACCCACUUCGGUGCGAGCCAAUAUUUUUUUGGGAGCAAAUGAAGUGUAUGAACCAGCUUCUGGAGGCGAAAUCCUUUAAUGUUUUGUAAAUUAAAUUUAGUGAAAUUUAUUGUGUGCAUCCCAGGCAAACGCUAUGUUGUGCAAUUCACAAUUUGAAUCGUGAGCAACCACCAGCGUGAACGGAAAUAGAAAAGUAUGAAAGAAAAGGAAUUCUUAUAUGGAAAUGUUUAAUAUAGAACUAAAUGUAAAACGUAUACACACAGACUAUGCUGAAUGAUUUGUAAGCCAAAGCGGUGACGAAUUUUGGUAGACUAAAAUGGAAUUAUAUUUCGUUUUAGACGCACCAAAUCAAAUCUAAUAACACACACGAUCACACACACACACCUGGCUUUGGCAGCUUUAUGUUAUGUUUAACUUUAACGAGCGACGGCUGGCUGAAUGAAAAUCUGCACCUGCGAUUGCGAUGUGGCGCUUUAACCUAAUUUGCCUUAAUAGAAAAUCGUUUUUCACCUAUUUUUUUUUAUAUAUACUUUAUCACCAAGAAUGUGUUUCGAAUCGCGCCGGUAAGGACGAGCGACGAAUUGAAUUUUGUUCACCUACACCUAUACUAUUGAAUUAGUUAGUAAGACUAUGUUUUCUAUUCAUUUUACAAUUAUCAUUACACGUUUAAUUAUCGAUUGGAUAAGUUAAGUUGCGCAACAGAAGCGUCUGAGAAGCAGAAAGUAACGCUAACUUAGCUGUAUAGAUUUAAUUUAAGCCCACGCAAUUACUUUUUUUGUCCUACACUUACUAUUAUUACCCAAUUCAACAAAUGCAAUUAGAUCUAGGCGAGUUUAACUUUUGAACUUUUGAGUUGGUUUCAUUUGUCUUUGCCUCGUGUGCACCACAACUACUUGAUUUCAAUAAAUGUUUAGUAAAUGGUUUAGUUAACUAAUUUUCGUUGCUUUUAUUUCGUUGGUUUUUGGUUGUCACAUUUAUUUCAGCUUUUUUUCGGGCUGCGUCUUGUGCAAUAAAACAUAUAGACAAAAAACACUCGUAAACGAAUAAGAGAACGAAUGAGCAAGUGAACAUCAAGUAUUUUGAUUUGAUUGACUCUUUUUAGAAAUGAUGUGCCAAUUGCAAAUACAAAUACAUGUGCGUAUAUAUGUGGAACCCUAGUAAGAAUUGUAAAUUAUAUAAAUAUAUAUAUGAAUAUAUCCUCUUCUCCCACACACACACACACACACACACACACUUGUCACGCGAUGAGUCUCUAACUAAUAAAACAUUUUAUCUAAGAAAAUCCCAACAUCGUGCACAUUUAACAUGUGUUUGUAAGUCGUAGCUAUUUAGUGCUAAGUCGAAUUAUGUGCAAUUUAUACAAACAUUCGUUUAUGUUUCUAUAGUUUUCCCUCUAACACCCUACGUAUCUAUCUAUGCAUAAAGCUUUCCAUCUAUAUCUAUAUACGAAUUCGGUAGUUAUGAUAGCAUUAGGAGACACAUAUGUAAGUUCGAUGUACGAUAACAAACAUAGGAUUAGGCUUACGAGGGCACCAGAGGCAGGAUAUAUGUAUGUAUAUGGAUAAGGAAGGAGAAAUUAAGGAUCAUUGGAAUGUGGGAGUGGCAUGACGGAGGAACGCUGAGAUAGGACACGGAUGAUUAUAUUGGGUGGCUUUGUAAGGGCAUUACUUUGGUUCAGAUGGGAUUUCGGUUAGAUUGAUUGAUUCGGACUCGGUUGGAUAAUUUCAGCAUAUCUGCGUGAUUUUCUAACAAGUACAAAAACACAAACGAUGAGAUUUUUUACAUAUAUAAUAUAGUUCAAAUAUUUACACGCCCACAAUUCACUCGAUAAGAAAUUGAACCCAAAACAUAUGCGCAACAUUUGCUGAAAACGAAAAACACACAAACAAAUAUAAGAUCUAUGUGAAAAACAAAUUUUGAAUUGUAAACUAAAUUAAAUUUUUGUCGCAUUUAUUUUGAAUAGUUCAAAUUUAUCCAAGAAAGUCCCAUGCCCAAAAAAAAAAAAUCGUAGAUUUACUCACAAUAAUAUAAAGACAUA